AUGCUCGGUGGUAGCGUCUGCCGAUCUACCAACCACAAUACUCUUGCCGCAUUCCUUGACCCUCUCCAUGCAGAGGAAAUCAACAUCAAGGACAUGGCCUCCCGGACCCCGGAUGAGUUAACCGCUGCCUGGAAGAAGAGUGAUGCGUACCAGCGGUUGGUGAAAGAUAUUGCAGAGUACGACGAGGACACCCAGCAUGGCUCCAAGAGCUGA